AAUGUUUUGUCCGUACAGAAUUAAAUUUUAAGUUCUAGAAAAAUCAUUAAUUGUUAUUGCAAGAGAAGAAAACAUGGCUGCUUCUGGAGAAGAUCUUUCAACUGCGAUACUGAAACAAAAAUCCAAACCUAAUCGUCUUAUUGUGCAUGAAACUGAUAAUGAUGAUAACAGUGUUGUUGUUCUAUCUCAAGAUAAGAUGGAUGAGCUGCAACUGUUUCGUGGAGAUACAGUUCUGUUGAAAGGCAAGAAACGGCGUGAGACUGUCUGUAUUGCUCUUGCCGAUGAGAACGUAGCAAAUGAGAAGCUGUGCAUUAAUCGCUGUGUGAGGAAUAACCUUCGUGUGCGACUGGGAGAUAUUGUUAGUGUGCAAGCAUGUCCAAGUGUAAAAUAUGGCAAGAGAAUCCAUGUUUUACCCAUUGAUGAUACAAUUGAAGGCAUAUCUGGAAAUCUUUUUGAUGUGUAUCUGAAGCCUUACUUUUUGGAAGCAUACAGGCCAAUUCGUAAAGGAGAUAUUUUUGUCGUUAGGGGAGGGAUGCGUGCUGUUGAAUUCAAGGUCAUUGAGACUGAUCCUGCUCCUUUCUGUAUUGUGUCUCCAGACACCGUCAUCCACUGUGAAGGUGAACCAAUCAAGCGUGAAGAUGAAGAAGAAGCUCUGAAUGAAGUAGGAUACGAUGACAUCGGAGGUUGUAGAAAACAACUCGCCCAAAUCAAAGAAAUGGUCGAACUUCCUUUGCGUCAUCCUGCUCUUUUCAAGGCUAUUGGAAUCAAACCACCUCGAGGUAUAUUGUUGUUUGGACCUCCUGGUACUGGUAAGACACUGAUUGCACGAGCUGUGGCGAAUGAGACCGGAGCCUUUUUCUUUCUCAUCAAUGGCCCUGAGAUCAUGAGCAAACUAGCUGGUGAAUCCGAAUCUAACUUGAGAAAGGCAUUCGAAGAAGCAGAAAAGAAUGCACCAGCUAUUGUUUUUAUUGACGAGUUAGAUGCCAUCGCACCUAAAAGAGACAAAACCCAUGGAGAAGUAGAAAGAAGAAUUGUUUCUCAACUCCUCACACUCAUGGAUGGAUUGAAACAAAGAACUCAUGUAAUUGUGAUGGGAGCCACCAACAGACCAAACUCAAUUGACGCAGCUUUGAGACGAUUUGGUCGGUUUGAUCGUGAAGUUGACAUCGGUAUUCCGGAUGCAACAGGAAGACUUGAAAUUCUUCGUAUUCACACAAAGAAUAUGAAGCUCGCUGAUGAUGUAGAUUUGGAACAAGUAGCAAAUGAAUCCCACGGUCAUGUUGGAGCUGAUCUUGCUGCGUUAUGCUCUGAAGCUGCACUUCAGCAGAUUCGUGGAAAGAUGGAUUUGAUUGAUUUAGAAGAGGAAACUAUCGAUGCAGAAGUGAUGGAUAAUCUUGCUGUCACAAUGGAAGAUUUCAGAUGGGCCAUGGCACAAAGUAAUCCAUCUGCUCUUCGUGAGACUGUUGUUGAAGUUCCAAAUGUCUCUUGGAAUGACAUUGGUGGUCUUGAUAGCGUGAAGACAGAAUUACAAGAAUUGGUGCAAUAUCCAGUUGAACAUCCAGACAAGUUCCUCAAAUUUGGUAUGACACCAUCUAAAGGAGUACUUUUCUAUGGCCCUCCUGGCUGUGGUAAAACUCUUCUUGCAAAGGCAAUCGCUAACGAGUGCCAAGCCAACUUUAUUUCGAUCAAGGGACCGGAGAUGCUUACAAUGUGGUUUGGUGAAUCUGAAGCCAAUGUUCGUGAAAUUUUUGACAAAGCAAGGCAGGCUGCUCCUUGUGUUCUCUUCUUCGAUGAAUUGGAUUCCAUUGCGAAAUCUCGUGGUGGAAGUGUGGGUGAUGCUGGUGGUGCCGCUGAUCGUGUAAUCAAUCAAAUUCUCACAGAGAUGGAUGGAAUGAGUAAUAAAAAGAACGUCUUCAUCAUUGGUGCAACAAACAGACCUGACAUUAUCGAUUCAGCUAUUCUUCGUCCUGGACGUCUUGAUCAGCUGAUUUAUAUUCCUCUGCCUGAUGACAAAUCUCGAAUCCAAAUUUUAAAAGCAAAUCUUCGCAAAUCACCUGUUGCCAAGGAUGUUGAUCUCAACUACAUUGCAAAAGUGACAAAGGGUUUUAGCGGUGCUGAUUUGACAGAAAUUUGUCAGCGUGCCUGUAAACUUGCCAUCCGUGAGAGUAUUGAAGCUGAGAUAAGAGCAGAGAGGGCAAGACAAGCUAACCCAGACAAUGCAAUGGAUGAUGAAGAUGAUCCUGUACCCGAAAUCCGCAGGAGCCAUUUUGAAGAAGCAAUGAAGUUUGCUAGAAGAUCUGUGUCAGACAAAGACAUUAGAAAGUAUGAGAUGUUUGCUCAAACUUUACAACAAAGCAGAGGGUUCGGGGGCUUCAAAUUCCCAGGGAGCCAACAGUCUGGAAGCAACACUGGGGCAGGAGGUACAGGUCCAACAGGAGCUGGUGACUUAUACCAAGAUGGCGAUGAUGACGAUUUAUAUGACUAGACUCGAUAUGACAAUUUGUUGUGAUAGUAAGAUUCAAGUUAGAGUCAUGAUAACAUAGAUAAAGAAGGCCUCUUCCAAUGUUCAGUUGUACACUAGCUAGCUAUUGAUGAUAUAAUAAUUUAUUGUUGUAUAUAAUGCUUUUGUCUCAUAUGUAUUUGGGUAUUAUUAAUUUGAUGCUUGUUAAGUUCAACCCCUUUAAAGUUUUUGUGAUCAUCCCUGCUUUCUAUCAUUUGUUCCAAAGUCUUAAAUUUAAAAAGUUCCAUUCAUAUAAUUUGGCAUUUUAUCCUUGUGUAGUGCUAUGCCUCUAUUAAACCAUAUCUCCCUUGAGUAAAGCAGGCUUUGAUGAAAAAUACAUCUGAGGUUGAUCUUUUAGAUUUGUAACCAUAAUUUUCAAAAGUUCGAUUCAGUGCUUGGUUUGGCUAACUGUAUUCCUUUAAAUAUCACCUAAUAUCUGACUCAUUAAGAAAAGUGUUUCAUUAUUUAAGCAAUGAUUGUGGAGCAAAAGUACAAAGUACUAGCAAAGCAACUAGUACAGAGUGCCCAUUUCAAUUAACCAAAUAUGUAAUCAAUGAUUUUUGUUCGGACUUGCCCAUCUUUAGACCCCUUAAAUGUUCCUGUGUACCAUAUUCAAAUAAAAUACGCAAUUUGUACAUUUCA